GCGCGCAAGUAUGGACAACAACGUGCUCGCGCAAAUCCAAGUCGUUGUCUUCGGUGGAGCGUUCUCCGUGAUGCUAGCCGCCAUGUGCCUGGCCACGCGCUGCUUCAAGGUACCCGCAAGAGCAUCGGCGACCAACAAAGAUCUCAGCGACAGCGACGAGACGGUGGUCGAGGCCGCCAUUCUGCGUGGCUGGCGACGCUCGUUUUAUCACCUCGAUCUCUACUGCCGUCACAUUUACUGCACGGGUUUUGCUAUCAUUUUUGCGGCCGUUGCAUCGUCGUCCACGAUUCCAUGGGUGCCCUACGUGAGCCUGGCUACGCAUCCCAUCGUUGCUUUCCACGCGUGGAAGGUUCUCACGCACGCACUCGGUCGCGACGCAGCACAAAACGACAUUGAGCACUGGGAAGAAGUCCGCAACACAAGCCGUGUCCGUUGGACUAACUAAGAUCUGUA